CCAUACAUGUUCUUGACAUGUUCUACUCGGGUGGUGGGGACUUCCUGAUAUCUUCUGCAAUUGCCUCUUCUUCGAUAAAUAUCGACAAGUAAUCGUCAGCCAUGGGUCAUACAUUUCAACACAGUCAUUUGCCUGAUCCUUUUGGCUCAGCCUUGACGCAGCUGACACCGCGUCUUUUCAAGUUUUGCACUAAGCUUCAUUAUUUAAGCUCUACAGAUUGGCCUUCGGAUAGCCCAGUGCAAUGUGCAUCGAGGGACGAUGUCCCGAUAAAGCUACUCCAGAAGGGCGAUCGGGAGUCAACGUUGUGGUGGGACACUGUCGGAAAGCUCAUCUCCCUACAGCUGAAGCAGGCUCGAUACUCCGAAACAGCUCAGGAGAAGUCGCUUGACUUCUUUCAAGAGAGUGUUUUGCCUUACAUGGGAUCUUUCCCAACACAUGACUCCCCACGUAAAUGGAAGAGCUUCAUGACGGAUGAUCACACGCCAAUAGAACUAUCCUGGGACUGGGGUAAUGGCAUAAAAGCACCACGGAUCAGAUACUCCAUCGACCCGAACAGCCUCGAAUCUGGGACGCCCAAAGAUCCUACAAACCUACAUGCAGCUAAGAGAUAUUACGAGGAUGUCAUUAAGAGAAUAGAAGGCGUAAACACAACCUGGCAUGAGCACUUUACACAAUGCUUCGACACAUUCGAGACGAGCUCACGCGAACGCACCGGCCGGACAAGCAGGGUAUUCUACGCCUUCGACGUCCGGGAAAACGGCGACACGAUACCCAAAGCCUACUUCUUCCCCCGCUACCUUCACACCCCCACAGACCCCGAAAGCUCCGUCUGGAACACAGUGACAAACGCCAUCACAAGCGCACCAUUCGCCUCUCCAGACAACCUCCAAGCCCUCGACGUCCUCUCUUCCUUCUUCAAAACAGAACCACGCACCACGAUCGAAAUGCUCUCCAUCGACCUCCUGGAUCCAAAAUCUUCCCGCGUAAAGAUAUACUUCCGAUCACGGUCGCCAGACUGCGCGAGCAUUGCGCACAACAUGACGCUCGGCGGCCGCAUCACCGACCCAACGCAUCUUGCCGGCGUGAGGAACCUACUGAAUCUCUGGCGCCGGCUCUUCGAUCUAUCCGAGGGCGAAGAGGUGGGCGAGAAGGCGCACGAGACGGCGGGCGUGCUGUACUACACUGACUUUCGACUCGGCGACGCGAUGCCCAAGAUCAAGAUAUACAUCCCCGUGCGGCAUUUUGCGAGGAGCGAUGAGAGGGUUGUCGAGGCGCUGUUAGGGCAUCUAGAGGAGAGUAGGGCGAGAGGGGAGAACAUGGAGGCAUAUAGCGAGGUUUUGAGGCAGAGUUUUUCAGAAAAGGCGAUGAGGGAAGAGUCCGGUGUGCAUACGUAUUUGGGGUGUUCGAUCGCGGCUGAUGGGUCGUUGCAGUUGAUUUCGUAUAUCAAUCCGCAGGUGCAUAAGAUGGGUGUGUGAUCAAGCCUUUGACCAUUCGAUUUGAGAUACUUCCGACAUGAUGAAAUGUAAAUAAUGAUAUACCCCUUCGACAUAUGGGCUUGCCGCUGCACUUUCAAAUAAGAUAGGUCCUACUCUGCGUUCUAUUAGCUGUGUGUUUAUAUUCCCG